UGACAUUCUUGCUGUAUGUAAUGACUGUGGCUGUUAUCCAACACUGUCACACUGAUGAACUGUAAGAAGACAGAAUAUCUAGAACAUUUGAUAUUUUUUCAAGGAGUGGAGGGCAAGUGCCAGCGGGAGAAUGGCUCAAAUGUUGGGGCUUCUCUCGACGGCUGCUUUGUCUCUACGGAUCGCAGUGAGAGCAAGUGUACGCAAUUCGGUGUCAAGGAACUUCUUUGUGCUGCCUGGCUAUCGUGGCUCCACGGUCAGGAGGCUUGCUCAAAGUAAGUUAUUGUCAUCUGAUGGAAUCUUUACAUCUCAUGGACUACUGUACUCCACUGAGCCGCCAAAAGAUGGUAAAGGGAAGGAAUCGGGUGGAGGCGGAGGGAAAAGAGGAGGAGGGAAAGAUUGGUGGAGCCGCAUGCAGAAGGGUGACAUCCCAUGGGAUGAGAAAGACUUCCGUGCCCUGGCAGUGGUACUAGCUGGGAUAUCCUCUGCCACGCUCUACUAUCAAUUCAGAGACACAGGCAAGGAGAUCACUUGGAAGGACUUUGUCCAACGCUACCUUGGCAGAGGAAUGGUUGAGCGUUUAGAGGUUGUCAACAAACAGUAUGUCCGAGUCAUUCUAGUACCAGGAGCAGAGGCUGAUGCGAGCUAUGUGUGGUUUAACAUCGGUAGUGUGGACACCUUCGAGAGGAACUUGGAGGCAGCUCAUCACGAGCUUGGCUUGGAGCCUUCUCAUAGGGCAGCUGUCAUGUACAACUCCGAGAGUGAUGGGUCAUUUAUGAUGAGCAUGAUUCCAACCUUGCUGUUGAUUGGUUUCCUGCUUUUCACCCUGCGGCGGGGACCAAUGGGAGGAGGCGCUGGGGGUGGAAGAGGUGGUCCCUUCAGCAUGAGCGAAUCAACAGCAAAAAUGAUGAAGGACAACAUCAACACCAAGUUCAAGGAUGUGGCUGGCUGUGAGGAGGCCAAGCUGGAGAUUCUGGAGUUUGUUAACUUCCUGAAGAACCCCCAGCAGUAUCUGGACCUGGGGGCUAAGAUCCCAAAGGGUGCUGUGCUCUCUGGACCUCCAGGCACAGGCAAGACCCUGCUGGCCAAGGCCACAGCAGGAGAGGCCAACGUCCCCUUCAUCACUGUCAACGGCUCUGAGUUCCUGGAGAUGUUUGUGGGUGUUGGGCCUGCCAGGGUGAGAGACAUGUUUGCCAUGGCCCGGAAGAACGCUCCCUGCAUUCUGUUUAUAGAUGAGAUAGACGCCGUGGGUCGCAAGAGGGGCGGGGGGAAUUUUGGUGGCCAGAGCGAGCAGGAGAACACUCUCAACCAGCUGCUAGUGGAGAUGGAUGGAUUCAACACCAGCACUAACGUGGUCGUCCUGGCUGGCACCAACAGACCAGACAUCUUGGAUCCUGCACUCAUGAGGCCUGGCAGAUUUGACAGGCAGAUUUACAUAGGCCCACCUGACAUCAAAGGCAGGGCGUCCAUCUUCAAAGUGCACUUACGGCCCAUCAAACUGGACCCUGCUAUGGACAAAGACGGACUGGCCAGGAAGAUGGCUGCCGCCACACCAGGCUUCACAGGAGCCGACAUAGCUAACGUGUGUAACGAGGCAGCCCUCAUCGCUGCUAGACAUCUCAACCCACAUGUGGAAGGGAAACACUUUGAGCAGGCCAUCGACAGGGUCAUUGGAGGUCUUGAGAAGAAGACCCAGGUUCUGCAGCCCAAUGAGAAGAAGACUGUAGCGUACCAUGAGGCUGGCCACGCCAUAGUGGGUUGGUUCCUGCAACAUGCUGACCCACUGCUGAAGGUGUCCAUCAUCCCCAGAGGGAAGGGUUUGGGCUAUGCCCAGUACCUCCCCAAGGAGCAGUACCUGUACACACGGGAGCAGCUGUUUGACAGGAUGUGUAUGAUGCUGGGAGGACGUGUGGCUGAACAUGUCUUCUUUGGGAAGAUCACCACUGGAGCCCAGGACGACCUGAAGAAGGUCACCCAGUCAGCCUACGCACAGAUAGUGCAGUUUGGGAUGAGUGAGAAGGUAGGCCAGGUGUCUUUUGACCUUCCUCGGCAAGGGGAGAUGGUGAUGGAGAAGCCUUACAGCGAGGCCACUGCAGAGCUCAUAGACCAGGAGGUCAGAGACCUGGUGGACAGCGCCUAUCAGAGGACCAUGGAGCUGAUUGUGGACAAGAGGGAGUGCGUGGACAUGGUGGGGAAGCGUCUCCUGGAGAAGGAGGUCCUGGACAAGGCAGACAUGCUGGAGCUGCUGGGGCCACGGCCAUUUGAGGAGAAGUCAACCUAUGAGGAGUUUGUGGAGGGGACAGGCAGCUUUGAAGAGGACACCAGUCUGCCAGAGGGCCUGAAGGACUGGAACCAGGAGAGAGGGGACCUAGUUGAGGAGCUGGACACAGCCAAGGAGAAACAGGCCCAAUAGGCAGCACAAACGGUGACAGGCAACCUCUUAACCCAACCUCUGUCUUAGCACACACCAGUCAUGUAGCCUAGGCAGAGAGGAGGGUUGGGUGACUUAGCAUAGCACACUGCCCCCGGACAUAUUUAUCUGAGUGCAAAACAAACUUUCAAUCAGAAUGCAAAUCUUUCAAUGCCUUAUUAUUGGCCAUAUUGGAGGUGCGCCUCAUGGUACUCAAAGGUUAAUUUAAUGGACAGUGGACACAUUGUGUUUGAGAGAUUUUAUCUUUUUAUGAGUUGCAUGUGUUCUCUUUCUCCACAUAAAUACUUUUGUCAACUGAAUCAUGUACAUUUGCCUCGUGUUUUGAUAUCUUCAGCUAUUUAUUUCAAUAAAAGGGGCUUCCUCCCAACUGUA